CGGCUUCACCUGCUCCUCCUACAGGCUAGCCGGGCUAGCUUCCGCUGUAGUCCCGAGCCGAAUCCCCGCUGGGUUGGAGCACCACACGGAACCUGCUGCUGGAUGAACCUUCAUCCAGAAACCAGAAGGAACCGCCUGCAUGGACGCUUCUUCUCCGCCUGUGACGGCGUCAUGGCCAGCUAGUGAGCAGCCCACGGCUAGCUGCAGCUAGCGGCUCCACUAGCUAAGAAUCCCGGCUAGCUCGAGGAUUUAACUCGGCUUUUCUCGCCUUCUUUAAGCCCGUUUCCGUGCCAUGCCAUCGGCUGCUUAACCGAGUCAGGAAGCUGGUGGGUCAUGCUGAGCGGGGAGCUGCGUGUCCUCCGAGCCUAGCAGGCACCAGCAGCAGCAGAUAAAGCGACCAUCUCCGGGGAAGAUGGCAUUUCACGGCGCGGGUCGGCAGACCGUGUGUGGAGACCUGUUUCCGGGCUCUGAGCUGGGCCACAAGUAUUUCUGUGUCAGCUCUUCCUGCGGAGCUCCCUCCACGGGCCUCAGCGCCACACCGUGCCUCACCGGACCCACCGCCCCUGCCGGGACCCCUCGUCACCCCACAGCUCUCGGAGGAAGCACCGGCGGCGGCGCGGCUGUGCCUCAGCCCUACAGCAACCCAGCCAGCGAGGUGCCAAGCCCCGCGGAGAUGGAGCCAGACCGGCCCAUCGGUUAUGGCGCAUUUGGAGUUGUAUGGUCGGUGACCGAUCCUCGGGACGGCCGGAAGGUGGCUUUGAAGAAGAUGCCCAACGUCUUCCAGAACCUGGUCUCCUGCAAGAGGGUCUUCAGAGAGCUGCGGAUGCUGUGCUUCUUCAAACACGACAAUGUUUUGUCUGCUCUGGACAUUCUGCAGCCUCCGCAGAUCGACUGCUUCGAGGAGAUCUACGUGAUAACAGAGCUGAUGCAGAGCGACCUCCACAAAGUGAUCGUGUCUCCUCAGCCUCUCACCACCGACCACAUCAAGGUCUUCCUCUACCAGAUCCUCCGAGGUUUGAAGUACCUGCACUCCGCUGGGAUCCUGCACAGAGACAUCAAACCUGGGAACCUGCUGGUCAACAGCAACUGCCUGCUCAAGAUUUGUGACUUCGGGCUGGCGCGCGUGGAAGAGCCCGACCCGUCGCGUCACAUGACGCAGGAGGUGGUGACGCAGUACUACAGGGCGCCGGAGGUGCUGAUGGGCUGCCGGCACUACAGCUCGGCCAUCGACGUGUGGUCUGUGGGCUGCAUCUUCGCAGAGCUGCUGGGGCGACGCAUCCUCUUCCAGGCUCAGAGCCCCAUUCAGCAGCUGGAUCUGAUCACAGACCUGCUGGGAACGCCGCCUCUGCCGGCCCUGGCGUCGGCCUGCGAAGGCGCCCGAGCCCACAUCCUGAGGGGGCCGCACAAACCGCCGUCGCUGUCGGUGCUCUACAUGCUGUCUGACGGAGCGACGCACGAGGCCGUGCACCUCCUCUGCCGGAUGCUGGUCUUUGACCCGGCUAAGAGGAUUUCGGGCAGCGACGCCCUCUCCCACCCUUACCUGGACGAGGGCCGCCUGCGUUACCACACCUGCAUGUGUCAGUGCUGCUACUCCGUUCCCAGCGGGAGGGUUUACACCCGGGACUUCGAGCCGGUGGCCGAGCGUCCGUUCAGCCACAGCUACGAGAACAGCCUGCUGUCCGUGUGGCAGGGAAAAGAGUUGAUCCAUCGCUUCAUCACGGAGCACCAGCAGGGCAAACGGGUGCCGCUGUGCAUCAACCCUCAGAGUGCUGCCUUCAAGACCUUCAUCAGGUCCACUGCGUGGCACUCCUCGAAGGUGUCCAGGAAGGAGGAGAGAUGAGCGGUCCCUCCUCUUCUCCUCGAGGAGCGGCGGCAGUUUGAGAGGAUUUCAUUGGCCGUGGCAUCUGAAAACACUGACGAGUUUGGGUCGUCUUUUUUUGUUUUUUUUUGUUUUUUUCUCCCCCUCCUUCUUCGUCCGGAGGAGGAACGGCACACCCGACCACAUCAGGGGAGAUCAUCGAACCCACCUCACGAAAACCCUCACAUGUCCCCUGUGAUUCGACCCAAACAGCUGAUGCUCUGCGUUUUUCGGUGCUGAUUUUAAAAAAACAAAAACAAAAAAAAGCUGCUGACGUGAGACACAGGAAGUGACCUGGAUUUGGAUUUUCAUGUGUUCGUAGAGACUUUAAGGUUUUAACUGUUUGGUAGAAUUGAUGCUUAGUUGGUGUUUGAAGUCAUUCCAGCCCUGUGCAAUAUGGAAGCACGUCGGGGGCGGGGCUGCCCACAGGAUUAUUAUUAUUUUAAUUUUUUUUUUUUUUUUUUUUCUGGGACUCUUGAUGACAUAACGGGUCAGUCAGCAUGACAUCAUCACCCACCAAACAGCGCCAAGGUUGUUUUUCCUUUCUUUCUGAAUAACUCAUCACUCACUGUGUUUUCACCUCGCGGCGCCUUCGUGGCGUCCGUGUGGUGGUGAUGAUGCAAUUUCACAGAUGUAGCAGGUUUUAACCCACAGGUGUUUCUCCACACACAGUUAGCUUCGGCUUCGUUUUCUUUCCUCCGUCACGGCGAGCUGUUUGGUCCCCGAUCCGUGUUGUUGGACGGCCCUCGGCCCCCGCUCAGCAGGAGGGAAGUGAGUUUAAUCAGGAAUUCAUCGCCCUCAGAUUUGUUUUUGUGACGGCAGAGACUCGUUUGAUAGGGACAGCGGGAAACUGUGACUGUGUUUUCAGUCAGAAAGCUGCCAGAUCUGCAGAUAUUUGGCAGCUUUCCCCUCCAAACGGACUCCUCCUUCCCGUCUCAGCGCGUAGUAUUUAGCUCGCCUCGGUUUUUUCCUGCUCACCUCCUCCGCCCCCGCUAGCAGAGAGAGAGGAAAUGAUUGCGGUGACGUUUUAUUUUUAUCUCUUAAUUUAUUGAGUGUUUGUUUUUGAAGAGCGUGUGUUUCCACCCUGUGUGACAGUCUCAGUUACCUCAAACCCUGGAAAAAAAUAUAAAGGAUCAGCUGGAGGCUGAGGACACCGGGGGGGUGGGGAUGGGGGGGUUGGUUGGUUAUCUGACAAAAUGAAACUGUUUUUCCCAUCAUUCCUCAGAUUGUGAGUCGGUGGAGAGAGAUGCUGCUGUCUUUAAAUUCCUGUUCUGGUCCGAGGCUCAGGUGUCCUCCUGUAGAUUAUGAACUGUAUGAAACCAUAAAAGGACGCCCUGGUACUGAUCCAGGUGUGGGUGCGGGAUGGUAAAGGUGCUUCUCCCCCCCCAGGAUCCUGGAACCUAAAGAGCCCAGGAACUUUCAUCAUCAUCUAAAUCUCAUUAAAAACCAGUCACAGCUUCUCCUUAGAGAUCUGAUUGUCUUCCUCUGCAGGAAAACUCAGCAAAUGGAAGCUCUGAUUUUCUUUUUUCUUUUUUUUUUCUGAUCAUGAUCUUAAAAGUUUUUCAUGUUUUUGGCCUAAAAACAGGUGGAAAAAAGGAGCUCGAGUCCCCACAGAUGUUUUCUGGUGAAGUUACAGCUGUGGUAUAAAAGAUGGACAUUGCUACAGAAGCCAAUGCAGAAGUGCCUUAAACCUGCAUUCUUUCUAAUGGCCAGCAGGGGGUGACUCAUGGCUGCACAGUGAGGGGGGGAUCUGUGGUAUGUGUGCUCUGCUCUGGUUUCAGUCGGAUCGUCCCGUCCUCGUUAUAUCUGCUUUCAAAAUAUGAGCGAUGGGGAAAACAGGACUUCACGAGCCAAUCAGUGUCCAUGACAGCCAUGUCCAUCUUUUAUAUACAGCCUGUGCGCUCGUCUCCUUGUGGCCUGAAUGAAAAUUGCAACAACGGCUCCUGCUGACUUUAAUCUGUCAGACUGAGUGAAUCCUCAGAGCUUCAGCUCGAUCCAGUCGAGGCGCUGCCGCUCUGAGAUCGAGGAGAAAAACAGCAAAGACUCACUGCAGCGUUUUAUCCUCCUCACAAACCGAGUCUCUGUUCAGAGCCUCGGUGGCAUUUCUGUGCACGCUGCUGUUAAUGGAAACGGGGGGGGUCCUCACUCAGCUCGACAGAGGAGUGCAGUCUGAAGGAGCUUCAGAAAAAGCUGUAGAUCAGACUCAGGUCAGGGCUUUCAUCCCAACCAUCAGGAUUUCAUCUGAAGCUCAAGAUCACCUGGAAGGAGAAGAUGUGAACAGUGGAUUCAGAUCCUGGUCAGAUAUCCGAGCUUCUCUCGUGGACGUGUCGGUCGAUGUUCCAGGUUUCAGCGUCUGAGCUGCUGUUAGUCGCUGCUCGAUAAACUGAAGUAUUCCAGCUACAAGCGGAGGCUGCGUGCAGCGGCGGGCUGUCUAGAUGUUGGUGACCAGCAGCUCUCGAGUCUUCAGUAACUGGUUGAAAGGAGUUUUUGGCCUUCAUCAUGAAGUGAGGAUCUGCAGGUUUCGUUCAGCCCAUGAGUGACCGCGCUGGUGGUUUUGGUAACAAACUGAUCGUUCACCGGUUUGUAAACUCGCUGUAACUUUAACCGUCCAGACGUUCGGAGCUGUGCCUAAAACUCGAGCUGCAGACUCGACCUUUGCUUCCUGUUAGGAGACCUGCAGCGCUGCUGAUGCAGAAUAAUCAGUCAGAACUUCAUCAGUCAAAUGAUGGUUUGUGUUUAAUGCAGCAGGUCAAUAAUCCUCAGCUGUUAUCGGUAGUUAAUAAUAUUCUCAUUUUGGUGUAUAAAUCAUCCUGACCCUGAUUUUCAUUUUCCUGAAAAUAUUUAAAUGAUAAGUUUCUCCUUUUAAAGGUCUGACAGGUAGUUCUCACCUGUGUGCUCACUCAGUCCUCAACAAAUGAUGUUCAGGUUGUCAGAGAAACUUCAUAUCAGGCCUCAAAGUUUUGGAUGAGCUGCAGCCGCAGCAGAAACGUUUUAGGAGCUCAAACCGUGUGGAGAUUCAGGUUAAUUGUGUUUGAUGCAGUGAGUCUAAAACCAUCAGUGUGGUCCUGAUCAGCGGCCCCCUCCAGACAGACGGAGCUCUAAGGGUCAGCCGGAGCCGGGGAAGCUGCUGCUUACAAAGGAAAGAGGAACCUGCAGCUCGUGGCUCCUCGCUUCCCGGAAGCUUUGAAAACGCUGCGUUCGGAUUGGUUCGGAGCUCCGGGCGUCCUCGCCGGUCCCUCAGUCUCCUGGUUUCUUUAAACCUCCCGGGAACCCCUGAAACCUCAGCUGGAGCCUGCGCGGAGAGGCCGGCUUGUAUAUCUGCAUGUGUAUAUUUAUUAGCCCGUGGAGAGCGUUUGGGUCCGGAUGCUGUGCAAUGGUUCAGUCUGUCGAUGACGAGAAACCUUUGUGGUCGUUUUAUUUAAUUCAGCUUAGGAAGUGAUUUUAUUAGGAGGGGUUUAUUUCUGUUUCUGUUGUGAUCUAAUUAGAUUUUAUUAUUUUUCAGAGUCCGGAGAGGAGAACGUUUGUGCCCCCCCCCCCCCCCCCUCCAAACAAACAAACAAACAAACAAAAACGUGGUGACCGUGAUGCGUUUUAUGGCUUUUUAAAGUCGCAGCGUUUGGUCACAUGACUGAGAUGUUGCUGGUUAUUGGAUGGAUUUCUCCUAAAAGCCUCCUCAGUGAUGUCUGUGGUUUUAGGGCACAGCGGUUACAGGAGACGCCUGCUUCCUGUUUGACCCCCGCUGAGGUCUGCGCUCGCUCCUGUUUGUGGGGGUUUUCCCUCUCAGCACUUAUUUCAGGAUGGUGGGAGGUGCAGGGGGGAGAGGUCAGUCGUGCACGUUUAACAUUUUAAAAGUGAGACGCAGUGACUUUUCUGUGAGGAUCAUUAAAAUCUAACACUUUGAUUAUUGAUCAUUUUCUAGUCUCGCAGCACGCUGAAGUUUGUUUGGCCUCCUUAUGAAUUAUCCGUAUAUAUAAAAUAUUGUUGGUACUGGAAACCUCCUCCAGGAGGUCGCGUGAUGGAGUAACUGUUGGAGCAGAUGUUGCUGCAGGUGGAGCCGGGAUCCAUUCAGUUGUUUCGGGGUCGAGUCUGCAGAGUCCCCGACACGACCAUGAAUCAAUAUUUCCCUUUCAGUUCAUGCAGACAUCAUAACACUUGCUGCAGAUGAAGUUGUUUUAUAAAGUUUAUGACUGACACUUUGCUCCUUCGUGGAAGGACACAAACCUGCACGUCUCCUCCAUGAAGUCUAUAAACGACAGAUUUUGAGCACCCGGCGGUCUCGAACCUGUGACGCCGAGGCUGCGUCGGGACGGUCGCGCCGACGUUUCCCCUCCGGACUCGUCUCGUUUCUGUCGUCGUGGUCGUAGAGCUCCUUCCAGGUUAGGAAGCGUUUUUAAACUAGGCGACCUGUGUGGUCUUUCCCUCCCUGCACUGUUCUCAGAUCAGCCGUCAGGUAAGUUCAGGAUCUCAGUUCUUUUGUUCCUCUAAAGCGGACGGACGGACGGCUGCUCCUCUGUAGAGAUUAGACUCGUUUUUCUUCUAUGAAAAGAAACUUGAUGUGUUGGUUAUUCUAAAUAUGAUGUUUUAAAAGAUGUUUUUGUCUUUGUUUUAGCAAAGUGUUUUUUUUUUUUUUUUUUAGGUUUUUUUUUUU